AUGACGGCUACUUACACUGAGGAUGAUCGCCACCAUAACUACCCUAUCAACUGCAAAACUCGUUGCCUGAACUCUCCAAUUACUUCUGAUGUGACUGAGGAUUCCCAGCAGUUUUUGUCAGAGUUGUUGCUCAAGGUUAACGCUCUUUACCACGCUGACGUGUCGGCUGCUAAGCAGCCAGAUACUACAAAAGUACCUACGCAAUAUCACGUGGUACACCUCGAGGACCAGCAUGAUGACAGCUUAUAG